CGCCACCUGGUCACACUACGGUAUAGUCAUCAAAGAAAAAUACAGAAAAAAAUACAGAAAAUUGGCCAAGGAAUAGAUAAAAUUCUUUAGGCCCAGUUAAGACACGGGAAAACAAGCGAAAAAAAGUUUGGCAAAGCCAGAUAAUCUCCAAUCCUAGUGUGUUCAUUAUCGUGACCAAUAAAUCGCAGUGAAAAUGGCCUUGAAAGUGCUGGUGGGCCAGAAGCUGAUGAAUGAGGUGGUGAAGUAUAAGCCUCCAGCCCCCAAAAAGCAGGGCGUUACGUCGGCUGCGGGGGCGGGCGGAAUGGAAUGGAGGGUGCUGGUGGUGGACAAGCUGGGUAUGCGCAUGGUGUCCGCCUGCACCAAGAUGCACGAGAUCAGCGCCGAGGGCAUCACCCUGGUGGAGGACAUCAACAAGAAGCGCGAGCCGCUGCCCACAAUGGAUGCAAUUUACCUGAUUACCCCAUCGGAUGAGUCAGUGCGUGGGUUGAUUCGAGACUUCGAGAACCCCGCACGGCCCAUGUAUCGCUAUGCCCACGUCUUCUUUACGGAGGUCUGCCCCGAGGAAUUGUUUAACGAUCUGUGCAAGUCCUGUGCUGCCGGAAAGAUUAAGACCCUCAAGGAGAUUAACAUUGCAUUUUUGCCCUACGAAUGCCAGGUGUUUUCGCUGGACUCACCGGAUACAUUCCAGUGCCUGUACUCCCCGGCCUUUGCCUCCAUAAGGAGCAAGCACAUCGAGCGGAUUGCCGAGCAGAUAGCCACUCUGUGCGCCACUCUGGGGGAGUACCCCAAUGUGCGCUACCGCAGCGACUGGGACAGGAACAUCGAUCUGGCCGCUUCGGUGCAGCAGAAGCUGGACGCCUACAAGGCCGACGAUGCCACCAUGGGCGAGGGUCCCGAGAAGGCCCGAUCCCAGCUGCUGAUCCUGGAUCGCGGCUUCGACUGUGUGUCGCCACUGCUGCACGAGCUAACCCUCCAGGCCAUGGCCUACGAUUUGCUACCCAUCGUCAACGAUGUCUAUCGUUAUACACCCGGACCCAACCAGCCGGAUAAGGAGGUGCUGCUCGACGAAAACGACGACUUGUGGGUGGAGCUGCGCCACGAGCAUAUCGCUGUCGUCUCCACCCAGGUGACUCAGAACCUGAAGAAGUUCACCGACUCGAAGCGCAUGGGCUCGGCCGACAAGUCGUCCAUGCGUGAUCUCUCGCAGAUGAUCAAGAAGAUGCCGCAGUAUCAAAAGGAGCUGUCCAAGUACUCGACCCAUUUGCAUUUGGCCGAGGACUGCAUGAAGUCAUACCAGAACUAUGUGGAUAAGCUGUGCCGUGUGGAGCAGGAUCUGGCCAUGGGCACGGAUGCCGAGGGCGAGAAGAUCAAGGAUCAUAUGCGCAACAUUGUGCCCAUUUUGCUGGAUGCCAAUGUCUCGAACUACGACAAAGUUCGCAUUAUUGCUCUCUAUGUGAUGAUCAAGAACGGCAUUUCCGAGGAGAAUCUGACCAAACUGUUCACGCAUGCCCAGCUGUCGCCGAAGGAUCAGGAUAUGGUGCGUAAUCUUAGUUGCUUGGGCAUCAAUGUCAUUGCAGAUUCGCGCAAGAAGGUGUACUCGGUGCCGCGCAAGGAGCGGACCACCGAAAGUACCUACCAGAUGUCUCGCUGGACCCCGGUGAUCAAGGACAUCAUGGAGGAUUGCAUAGAGGAUAAGCUCGAUCUCCGCCACUUCCCCUUCCUCGAGGGCAGGGCCCAGAACACCAAUUACCAUGCCCCGACCAGUGCCCGUUAUGGUCACUGGCACAAGGACAAGGGUCAAGCGCAGGUAAAGAACGUGCCCAGGCUCAUUGUCUUCAUCGUGGGCGGCGUCAGUAUGUCUGAGAUGCGGUGCGCCUACGAGGUCACCAAUGCCGUUCGCAACUGGGAGGUCCUGGUCGGCUCUUCGCACGUCCUGUCGCCCGAGAUCUUCCUCAGCGACUUGGGCAGCCUCUCCAAGGAGGACUAAAUAUUUAUUGGAUCAUAAUCUUGUUAACGAUUUUGUCACAUUUAUCGUGUUUAAAAAUAGUUUGUUAUUCCUUACCGAAGGUUCAAAAUGAUUCCUUAAGAAAUUAUUAUACUAAUAACAUAUUGCAAUAUAUAAACAUAAAAAUACAAUACAUAAAUUAUAUACGCAUUACAUAAUAUAUUAAAAUUAUAUAGUAUUUUAUUCUUAGCCGAAUAUAAAUAAAUAUUAACGUCAAUAAUACGAGUAGUAUUAUUUCAAUUAAGCCCCUAUACUGGCUCUUAUACUGUAGUGUGAACAUUAGAAAGAAAACGGGAAACGGAUUUCACAGCACCAUAAAAUAUUCACCUCGGAUUACUAAAAAAUUAUAUGUAUUACCGAACUUAGUCAAAUUGAAAAAAAAAAUUAUGGAUGAGCCUGUGUAAUAAUGCAUAUUCGGCAAAAUGACAUAAAAAAUACUUAAGUGUUAACAUUAAAAAUAAAACAUUGAACCGAAAUUUCAUUACGUUUCAAAAACUUAAGACAUUUUAAAAUUGGUUCAGCGAUGUAUGUAUUUGAUCUAAUUCGAAAAAUAUUAAAAUGCAAGUUCAAAUUUUUGGCACCCGAUUCAUCUAAAUGUAUUGUAAUUUCUUCAAUACCCAAUAAAGCUUACAAAAAAA